CCUGACUGCUGAGGUGCAGCCACCUCUGGGGUGGGGGGUAGCAGCUUUAUAGGGUGGUCAGAGACAAGCUCAAACUCUGUCUUGUGCAAACAAUGCCCUGGGCACCCUAACGUUCUGGCAGAACCCGGGUAUACAAGGUCUUGCCUGAAAAGCCUCCCCCCAUCUCCACAGUAAACUGCAGGGUUCCUACUCUGCCUAACUUUCAGGCUUGAGGGAGCUUGGGACAUUUCAGAUGCAACGUUUGGAGUGGUGAUCAUCAUCCCCUUUGGCAGCCUAGGGGGGCUGUGUUCACGAUAGUUUUACGGGCACGACAAGCACAUGGAAGAUGAAGUCCUACCAAAAGCUGGCAACAGACCUCCCACAGCCUACAGAAUCCUAUGCUGAAGAAGAGAGCAUUGAUGGGAAGCCACCCUGCCUUCGGAAGUUGUCCACUUGGUGGCUGGGUGUUGGCCUGCUGAUGAUGGUAGCCGUCUUGCUGAGUGGAGUCACCAUGUGGAUGCUCAGACAGGUGUCUGGGAGCCAGCAUGAACAGACGCCCCUGGAGAAAUGCAGCGCUGUCCCUGAGCCUCUCCGCUUUGACUGCUACCCUGAGAGGAACAUGGUGGUGACAAAAGAGCUCUGUGAGAGCAGGGGGUGCUGCUUUAUUGAACGUGACCAGCCUUUGAGGAGCAGAAGUGGGGUGCCCUGGUGCUUUUACCCCCCUGACUUCCCCAGCUACACCCUGGAGAGCCUGAACCAGACUGAGCUGGGAAUGGUGGGUUUGCUGAGGAGGAAGGUGAAGGCCUAUUAUCCCAGAGACAUUGAGAGGCUGCAGCUGAGCGUGGAGUUUGAAACAGACACUCGGUUGCACAUCAAGAUCACGGAUUCCACAAGCCCUCGAUUUGAAGUCCCCCUGGAGGUUCCUCAGGCAAUGAAGAGAGCAGAGAAUCCCGUAUACAGCCUGGAGUUCUCCAAGGAGCCUUUUGGCCUGCUGCUGAGGCGCAGAGCCUCUGGCGCUGUGCUGUUAAACACGACCGUGGCUCCCUUGAUCUUCGCUGACCAGUUUCUCCAGAUUUCGACCGUCCUCCCUUCCAAAUUUCUCUAUGGCCUUGGGGAGCAUCGGAGCAGCUUCCUGCACAGCCUGGACUGGAGCACCCUGACGCUGUGGGCCCGGGAUGUCCCUCCCACGGAGUCUUACAACCUCUAUGGAGCUCACCCAUUUUACCUGCUGAUGGAGGAAGGAGGAGCUGCUCAUGGUGUCUUCCUCCUGAAUAGCAAUACAAUGGAGGUGGCUCUGCAGCCAGCUCCUGCCUUGACCUGGAGAACCAUUGGAGGAGUUCUGGAUUUUUACAUCUUCUUGGGUCCUGAUCCCAACAUGGUCAUCCAACAGUAUCAGCAGGUGAUAGGUUUCCCUGCCAUGCCACCUUUCUGGGGGCUGGGGUUCCAUCUGUGCCGCUGGGGCUAUGGGACAAGCAAUGAAACCUGGCAGAUUGUGAAAGCCAUGAGGAAUUAUCAAAUACCACAGGAUGCUCAGUGGAAUGAUAUUGAUUACAUGGAAGGGUACCGGGACUUCACCUUUGAUCCCGAGAAGUUUGACACCCUCCCGCAGUUGGUGGAAGACCUUCACAAGCAUGGCCAGUACUACGUCAUGAUCCUGGAUCCUGGAAUCAGCAGCACUAAUCCUCCUGGUUCUUACUGGCCUUACGAUGAAGGCUUGAGACGUGGCAUAUUCAUAAAUACUACUCAGGGGCAAACACUGAUUGGACAGGUGUGGCCUGGCCUCACUGCUUUCCCUGACUUCUCCAACCCAGACACUUACCAGUGGUGGCUGGAGAAUCUGAACCAGUUCCAUACUCGUGUCCCCUUUGAUGGGCUUUGGAUCGACAUGAAUGAACCAUCCGACUUCAAGGACGGGUCGGUGGAUGGCUGUUCCCCAGGGGAACUUGAUAACCCUCCCUACGUGCCUGCCGUGCUGGGCGGGUCCCUCUCUGCAAAGACCGUGUGUGCCUCGGCGAAGCAGAGCACCUCCGUGCACUACAACCUCCACAACCUUUACGGGCUGAUGGAAGCCAAAGCCACAGCUAGCGCCUUGAUCCAGAUCCGAGGGAAACGCCCGCUUGUGAUUUCUCGCUCCACCUUCCCCAGCCAGGGCAGGUACUCAGGACACUGGCUCGGUGACAACAGGAGCAAGUGGAAGGACAUGUACUGGUCAGUCCCAGGGGUGCUGAGCUUCAAUCUCUUUGGGAUCCCGCUGGUUGGGGCGGACAUCUGUGGGUUCUCAGGCACCACCUCGGAGGAGCUGUGCACCCGCUGGAUGCAGCUUGGAGCCUUCUACCCCUUCGCCCGAAACCACAACACCCAGAAUGAAAAGGCCCAGGAUCCGGUGGCGUUCAGCUCGGUGGCGCGGACGGCCAUGAAGGAGGUGCUGCUGACGCGCUACGCCCUGCUACCCUUCCUCUACACGCUCUUCCACCGGGCACACCUGCAGGGCCACACCGUCGCUCGAGCCUUGUUCUUUGAGUUUCCACAGGACGUGAUCACGUACUCGAUUGACAAGCAGUUUUUGUGGGGGCAGAGCCUGUUGGUGACACCCGUGCUGGAGCCUGGAGUGGACUCUGUGAUUGGCUACUUCCCCAGAGGGGUGUGGUACGAUUACUACACGGGCUCCUCUCUGAACAGCAGUGGGGAGAGCCUGAAGAUGGCCGCUCCGCUGGACCACAUCAACCUGCACAUCCGGGAGGGCGCCAUUCUCCCCACCCAGAAACCCGGGAGCACCAGCUGGGUGAGCAGCGGGAACCCCCUGCGCCUGAUCGCGGCCCUGUCCCAGAAUGCCAGCGCCUGGGGGGACCUCUUCUGGGAUGACGGCGAGAGCCUGGACACUUUUGAGAGGGGUGACUACUCCUACCUGGUGUUCAACGUCACGCAGAAUGUCUUCACCUCCACUGUCCUUCACGCCAAUGUGGAAGCCACCUACAUCACUGUGGAUGUGCUGAGUGUCUAUGGGGUCCGGGAGAAGCCCAGCAGAGUCACUGUCAACGGCAAAGAGAAUCCCUUCUCCUACCUGGACAACCAGGUUCUCACGGUGAGCGACCUCAACCUCAACCUCAGCCAGGGAUUCUCCAUCCGCUGGCUGUGACGGCCGCACGCGCCUGGGAUGGCUGAGCUGGAGCUGGGCUCUGGAGGCUUCUCCGUCCGUCCGUGUGUCUGUGUGGGGGGUGGGGAUAGAGGUGUGCUUCUGUGCAUCCAUGUGCAUGCGCGCACAUGCCAAGGCCCCAGCUGUGGGGUGCCGCUCUGGCUGGCUCUGUGUCCCAGCUCAGGGCUGCCUCCCUCCCACAGCGGUUUGGACAUAGACUCUGGGUUCCACAGCUGCUUCGUGCCUGAGCCCAGCAGGGCUGCACAGCCUGCCUUUCCUGGCUCUCCCUGUCCUGCCUUCGCCUUUCCCCACGGGACUACUCCUGCAGGCCAGCGAGAGCCAAAAACUGCCCUGCCUAUGCCCCUGCCCCCGAGCUCCGCCGAAGACGCUCUCUGCCUUGGCCCUGGAUGCAGGGUUUAUGUUUAAAGACUCGGCUGUCCCAUGCUCUGGGGGGCUGGUGAGAGGCUCUGGUCAGCGAUUCUGUUUGCCUGUCUCCCGACACCAGCACACUAAGGUCUCCUGUGCCCCGGCUUUCACACUCUGCUGGCACGGUGCAUCCCUGAGGGCGUCAGCAUGCUGGGGUAGGGGCGUGUGCUGUGCUGCACAACCGGCAUGCUGGGUCAGCACUGACCUUUCUCCAGCCACUUGUCCCGGUGUCUGUCAGUACUGCAGCACACAGGGGGUGGGGAGGGAAGCACUGCUGGCAGUGCCAGCGUACACAGGGCUCCAUGGGGGCCCUGGCUCUCCACCCCUCGGCCCACCAGACCCACAUGGCACCGCGGGAGCAGCCUCAGCGCUAGCGACAGUAGUGGGAUUUUCAGAAGGAAGCUGAGAGCCGUCCAGAGCCGGGUCUGGCUGUGAUGUGGGUGUCAGGGCUGGGAGAGGUUAGGGAAAGGCCCCUGACUGCUCCUCAUGGUGCUGCUCUGUCUGAGAUGAAUAAAGGCAAGUGGAGGUG